AUGAGUGGCUCGGGCGAUCGUCGAACCGCCCACUGCCAGUGCGAGUGCAGUCAAAUCUCGAAGACAUGGGAUCGCUUACCUUUUACGGUGUACGCUAUGGGCGUCUCGAAAUUGCUCCACCAAAUCUGGGUACCCAGCCGCCGCAGUGUCAGUCCCUCCCAAAGCGACCCCUUCCCUUCUUCCCAUCCCAUCCCAUUCCUCACCUGGAGCUUCAAUUCCUCGCGGUGUUUCACGGGCAAGCCGUUUCACCUCCGCGCCUCUAUCGCUCUCCGCCUCCGCCUCCUCCUCCUCCCAUACCUCCCACACCUGCCUUCCAUGGCAAUUCGACCAGUAUUUGAGAGGCUACGGCCGCAGUCAAGAGGCGUGUUGGCGCCGAGACCGCGUCCUAAGCUCGUCCUUGCCGUCGGCGUGCUUCUUAUUACCAUUUACUUCCUCGGCUUCAAAUCAUCGAGAGAUGGCUACCAUGUUGUUCCAUGGAGCCGCGAUCACAAAUCAGAGCGGCCCAGGACCGAACAACAAUUAGAGAAGGAGGUGGAGAAGCACUUAAGAGAGCAGCAUGAACAGGCUCUCAGAGACGAGUUUGCUUACGAGUACGAGAGAGCGAAGAGCCUUCCCGGAAACGAUGCCAUCUACGGCAAUACGCUGGCCACCUUGAUCAGCAAGGACAUUCGGGCACCCGAACACGCUGCCGACCUAAAAGAGGCGUCACACAGGCCUCUCGGCUUUGCCAUGGACAGACCCGUCACAUAUGACCCCUAUCCCGACUACCAGAGCAGCCAAUGGAAGAGGACACAUCGUGGCACCCACGUCCCCUGCCGUGGUGCCACCGGCGACUAUGUCGAGGACAUACUUGUUUUUAAGGGCCAUCCCCACGACUUCCCUGCCGAAAGCUUUGGGAGCUUCGACGCCCUCAACAUCGAUGGCAACCUCUGCUUUGAACGAGAGACCCGACUCGGACCCUACGGUCAUACCACUGUUCUUAAAGAUGGCCAUCCCAUCAAUUGGAACAACGUCAACUGGGGCGAGCUACAGGACACCUGCGUAGAGCUCAACAGCGACCGCUACGAUCUGGAGGGAGAAGCCAAUCCCUAUCUCGACGUCUACCCCGAACUGGCCGGCUCGGCUAGAGACUUGAGGGGGGAAAAAUCACUUCGUCGGAAGAGCAAGGCCAAGAGGCAGCAUGCUCUCCACCCCAACAUAGCUAGUGGCAACAGGAGCACUAUAGCCCGUCCUCAUCUCCCGCCGCAGAAACGCUCCGCCAUCUUGCUCCGAUCCUAUACCGGCAAGACCUACUCGGAGAAUGACAAACAGAACAUUCGUGCCUUGGUCUCUGAACUGGCCCUGCGGUCCGGUGGCGAAUACCACGUGUACCUGCUUCUUCACGUCCGCGACUCGUCCCUGGAUAUUUUCGGCGACACGGACACUCUCCAGUAUGUUCUGAACGAGAACGUGCCCAAGGAGUUCCACGAUAUGACGAUUCUCUGGAACGACCACUCCGUCUGGGAAAUUUACACCAAGAUGACGGACGAAAACGAGCGGAGCGUGCAUUCGGCCCAGUGGCUUUCGGUGCAGAAAUUCAGCAUGGACUUUCCCGAGUACGACUUCAUCUGGAACUGGGAGAUGGAUGCGCGGUUCACCGGCCACCAUUACGACUUGGUCGAGAAACUUGACACCUUCGCCAAGAAGCAGCCCCGCCGCGGGCUUUGGGAGCGCAACGAGCGCUACUACAUCCCCUCCUUCCACGGGGACUACGACCACGACUUCCGCAACGACGUGGAGAGCCGGACGAAGGGACACCAGGUCUGGGGUCCUCCCGACCUGCCGUUUAUCACGCCGGUGGGACCCAAGCCGCCAGUGUCCCAUCCCGAGGAGGACAACUACAGCUGGGGCGUGGGCGAGGAUGCGGAUCUUAUUACCAUCGGGCCCAUCUUCGACCCGGUCGGCAGCAACUGGGUGAUCCGCGACCACGUCUGGGGCUACAGCGAUGAGAACCACGGCAAGCUUGACCUCCCGCGCCGUACGACCAUCGUCACGCAGUCGCGCGUAUCGAAGCAUCUCCUCAACAUCAUGCAUGUCGAGAACUUGCGGGGCAACCACAUCGCGUCGGAAAUGACGCCGCAGACGGUCGCUCUCCUGCACGGCAUGAAGACGGUGUUCGCGCCGCACCCCGUCUGGUUCGACCGGCCGUGGAACGGGACCUUCCUCGCCAAGUGGUUCAACCCCGGGCCCAGAGGCGCGAGCGGCGGCGAGGGCAGCCCCAUGGGCUGGGGCCGGGAACGCCGAUACCAGGGCUCGACGUGGUACUAUCGUGCCGAGGCCCCGCCCCGGCUUUACAACAACUGGAUCGGGUUCUACGACACGGGGUUGGGUGGUCCGGAAUGGGAGGAAAUGCAUGGCCGGCCUUGCCUGCCUCCGAUGAUGAUUCACCCGGUCAAGGAGGUUAAGCGGACGGAACCCAACUUUGCAUCCAGUUUCGAACUUGCUUACGGUUGAGCAUCGCAUGCUAUCAUCCCACGACUGGACGGAUAUGUCAUGAUCUACGACCAGAGAGACCUUUAUUAUUUUUCCUUCUCUGUUUCGUCCUCUGCCUUUAUUACCUUCGACUUCAAGGCCUAGACAUGGGGCUGUUAUAAUCCUCGGCGGGGUGUUGCAGAAAUCGAGCUCAACCGGAGACAGCUAACUAACCGUACCGAGGCGGUUUGACGACUACAUUAAUUCUGUUCUUCUAUACCUCACGCUUUUUCAGGGGG